CUAUUAACUUUAUUGGAUCUAAUGACGCAGUCACAGAGCGCGAGGAGGGUGUACUACACAGCCUUCAUAUUCGUCUGACGUGAGACACAAACUGUCAGAGGAGCAAGAAGUCGUAAAAAAAAGGAGAAAAAAAAGAAAGAAAGAAAAAAAGAAAAGAAAGGCGCCAGCCAGAGCGUGGAAAUGAGGACCUUCCAGAGCCAAAGGCAGCCUGCACAGCGCGGAGCCCCCAGCAUCAGCAGCAGCAGCGCCAUGAGUCCGCUCAGCACCGCCAGCAUCACCCUCGCUGCCCUGCUCCUCCUCACCGUACCAGUAUGUCAAAGCGCUCCAGCAGAUCUUCAGCAGGCCCCAACAGAUCAGAGGCAGCUACUCAGCCAGAUAGACGCCGUGUGCUCAUCCUACCUCUCUGCAGACCUGAAGUUUUGGGCAUCUGAUGUCUUAGGAGAACUCUGUGUCUUGAUGCUGAUUCAGAAGUCAAAGGAACUGAAAGUGAGAGAACAAAGUAAAAGGGCUGAACUCCAGGGACCUGGGGGAAUCCAGAGCAGAGGCUACUUCCUCUACCGGCCACGAAACGGAAGAAGAUCCUUAGAAUAUGAGUGAAUUGAAGUCUCCACCUACAGAGACAACACAGACCCUGAGACCCGAGCCGCUGCACCACGACUGAGUGAUCCAUACUCCAACCACAGCCCUCUGCCACCGCUGUAUAGUGAUGUUUGAAUGUACACAAUGAAGAUGAAUUCAAAUAUUAUUCGUUUGUCCAAAUUUUAUUUUGUGUUCUACGUGGGUUGUUUGCAUUAAAACUGCUCUAAUGUGA